AUGGACAAGGACGCUUGUUGGGCCGAUGACAACAAUGAUGCAGCAUUCAACAUCGAUGUGGCUGCUCGUAACCGUCCACCUCCACCUCCACCUCCGGUUGAAGCUCUCACCAUUCCUACUAUUGGAGCUUCAGAAUCGGUGGAGGCUCCUGGAGUUGAGGAUUUAAAAGAGCUCGAAAUUUGGUUUAUGAAUGCAAUCCGAGAUGGUUUGAAUGAAAUUAACAGAAAAGUCGAUUCAUUGGAUAACUGGUUAACUCCUCUAGAAAAAGAAGUGAGGAGGCUUAUGAAGACGGUUCCCGAUAGUUCCGAUUACGGUGUUCCCGAUGGGAGCAAUGGUGGUGUUCUUAAAAUUUCUAAUCAAAUGCAGAAUCUUCAUGCUGGGGGUAAGGAUGAGGAAGAUGGUGAUUCCAAGGAUGAUGGCCUCGAAGAAGAAGAAGAUGGUGGUUCCAAGGAUGAUGACCUGGAAGAAAAAGAAGAUGGUGGUUCGAAGGAUGAUGACUUGGAAGAAGAAGAAGAAGACGGUGGUUCUAAGGAUGAGGACAUGGCUGGUGAGAAGGAAAAGGAAAGUGGGGAUGUGCAAACCAAGAGGAAGACUAAGAAGAGGAAAAGUAUUGGAUAUGGACAAGAAAAAGAUGUUGCACAAAAGGCAAAACGAAAAUGUGAGGAGUCCCAUUGUGACAAGACACAGCCAGAAGGCAAGUUGCAAGCAGAAGGAAAGUGCCAAGAAGAAGACAGCUUCCCAAAAGAUGGCACGUUCUCAGGAGAAGGUAGGUGCCAUCAAGAAGGGAAGUACUCAGUUGAAGAAGUCCAACAAGAGAGGUAA